CCGUGUGUUUGUUUUGUACACGUUGUCUAUGUCUAUGUUUGUGUUUGUACUAACUAUUCGUAAGUUAAUGUUUUUAUAAGUUAAUGAUUUUAUAAGUUAAUGCUUUUAUUUGAAUGGGGCAUAUGAAAUCAUAGACAACUAUCAAAUCAUCAUUAAAAUCCAUUAAUUUAUUAUAGGUUUAAUAUGGUCCACCACGAUCUCUGUUAUGUACUGUGACGCAUGGAGGGGUUUGUUUUAUCUAAUGCGCCCGCUCCCUCCAUCCGUCUGUCAGCGUAGGCUACGGACCCAACAUGGCCUCUCAGAUUGUUCUGAAAUCACUGGUGCUACUUGCUGCUCUCGCAGGCGCCGCCCGUGCUGUUUGUACAUGUGGCGGGGAUGCGGCAGCAGCCUUCGAGACAUUCGCGCUUUUGUUAGGGCGCACCGCUCCCCGCCGAUGUGUGUCUUUAGGGCGCAUGCUCCUUCUCCUCGGGGUAAGAUUAGACGGGCUUCCUCCUCCGCCCUCCUCGCGGCUGCGCUCCUUCGGAUGAGUUCGUAUUAGAUUACAGGUUCACACGCUCGCUCGCAGACCGCCCGUCGCCCGGACCAAUUGCCCCAUUCAUUCCAGCGCCGGAGACGGCCGUCGGCCCGGAUUGGUUAUCAGCACUGCUCUAAGAAACUUUCCCACGGCCAGCGCGUGCUGACAGCCGGCCAGCCACUCCUGGCGGACAAGCCAGACGGCCCCGGUGCAGGCGGAACACGGGGCGGAGCGCGACAGUCACGGACGGACAGUCCAUAGACCCUUUGUCAAGAAUACUCAAAGGAGAGGGGCGUGUUUACGAUCGGUUCAUCAGCAACUGUACUGUCACUCAAUCCCAACAUACUCCACUAAUUGGCUGUGUUUGUCUGACGCCCCGCCCUUCUUGGCUGGUCUUUGCGUUGAAACGACACCGUGGGAACGCUGCGUGCUUUAAACGGAUGGGCUGCGGGCGCACCUGACAGUUGUACAGUCGAGACUCGCGAGCACAAGGACUACUCUGUUUCUGCCAACUACUACGGACACCAUGAAGCGAAAUCACGACUUCAGCUCGUCAGAUAGCGAACUGGAGGAAAAUAUCGAAGUCGAGAAGGAGAGUGCUGACGAAAAUGGGAGCCUGAAUUCUCCUCUGGGACCAAUGUCACCUUCCACAACUACUCAGGUGCAGGCGAGAAAGCGUCGUCGUGGGAUAAUAGAGAAACGUCGCCGUGACCGCAUCAAUAACAGCCUCUCGGAGCUGCGGCGGCUUGUUCCCAGCGCCUUUGAGAAACAGGGCUCCGCCAAACUGGAGAAAGCCGAGAUUCUGCAGAUGACGGUGGACCACCUCAAGAUGCUCCAUGCCGCGGGCGGCAAAGGCUUCUUCGAUGGCCACGCGCUGGCCAUGGAGUACCGUGGCCUGGGCUUCCGCGAGUGUGUGGCGGAGACGGCACGCUACCUGAGCCUGAUGGAGGGGCUGGACGCUGCUGACCCGCUGCGCGCGCGUCUGGUGUCGCACCUCAGCAGCUACGGUCUGCAGCGCGAGGCCCACUCUGGGCUAGCUCACCUGGGCUGGGGCUCGGCCCCCCCGCACCUGCCCCCCCCACACCACCACCACCUCCUCCUGCCCCCCCCCCCCGCCAGGAGCGCACACAGCCCCCCCUCCUCCUCCUCACCUUCCUCUUCCUCGUCAGCGUCGCCCGGCGCUUCGUCCGCGUCUUCGUCCCCUGUGGGGGCGGCCGGCCGCUCCUCCAGCCCUCCCUCCUCGUCUGACGGCCUCCUUCCCAGCAUGCUCGGCGGCGUGGCGUCCCUCCCGAGGCCCCCGGUCAGCGCAGCGGUCAAGCUGACGUCCCCGCUGCUGGCCUCUCUCUCUGCGUUCCCCUUCCCCCUGGGCACCUUCCCGCUGCUCUCCCCCUCCCCCUCCCCCGCCAACGCCAAGCCCUACCGGCCCUGGAGCAUGGAGAUCGGAGCCUUCUGACCUCUCAACUCUGACCUCUGACCUCUGAGCCGUGCGCACAGCCCCAUGCCCAGAGCGCCUGAGAGGGACAGACUGAGCGCGCCCAGUGAAGCUGGACGCUGAUGGACAGUGUGACCCCAACCCCCGAUGGACAGUGCUGUGGCCAGUCUGCCCCCCCCGAUGGACAUAGGCUGGCAGAACUGCCCGUCUAGACAAGUUCAAGUUGCUAUGACAGUGAGUAAUAUAACCCCCCCCCCCCCACCCCCCAAGUGUUC